UGGUGGACGUCGGUGGGUGAGGCGCCCAGAGACCCGCAUUUCCAACGAGCUGGCCGGGGGGAAAGAUGGCGACGCCCCUCGGGUGGUCGCAGGGGGGGUCAGGAUCAGUGUGUCUCGCUUUCGAUCAACUGCGGGACGUGGUCGAAUCUCAGGAGGAACUGAUUCACCAGCUGAGGAAUGUGAUGGUUCUCCAGGAGGAAAAUUUUGUCAGUAAAGAAGAGUUCCAGGCAGUGGAGAAGAAGCUGGUGGAAGAGAAAGCUGCCCAUGCCAAGACCAAGGCCCUCCUGGCCAAGGAAGAGGAGAAGUUGCAGUUUGCCCUUGGAGAGGUAGAGGUACUAUCUAAACAGCUGGAGAAAGAGAAGCUGGCUUUUGAAAAGGCGCUCUCCAGUGUCAAGUGCAGAGCCCUGCAGGAAUCCAGUAAGAAGGACCAGCUCAUCACCAAGUGCAAUGAAAUUGAGUCUCACAUUAUAAAGCAAGAAGAUAUACUUAAUGGCAAAGAGAAUGAGAUUAAGGAGUUGCAGCAAGUUAUCAGCCAGCAGAAACAGAUCUUCAGCCGGCUCCAUUGCAGGAAUCACAUGUCUGACUACCGAAUCCAGAAGCAGCAGGAGAACUACAUGGCCCAAGUGCUGGACCAGAAGCAUAAGAAAACCUCCGGGACGCGUCAGGCCCGGAGCCACCAGCGUCCCAGGGAAAAAUAAAAUUGUUGUCACUUUCCUGUUCUGUA